AUGGCCACCAUUUUGAACAAAACACUUCCUGAUCUCUCAAAGCUUGAGCCUUUAGAUGGAAACAAAGUUGAUUAUGUUUUAUUUAAUGAUCCUCCUGCUGAUGUUGUUGCUGGUAGUUCUAAUACUGCUAAUAUUGUUGUUGCUGAUGAUGCUGCUAAGAUGAAAUUUGAAAAUGAUAAUAAAACAGUGAGAGGUUUGGAGAAGAAAUAUGGUGUUGAUGACGCGGGAAAAAAGAAGUAUGCCGUUGGAAAGUGGAUCAAGUUUCAGAUGGUUGAUGAUAAGACAAUCAUGGAACAGGUUCACGAGUAUGAGAACUUGACUGCUGAUGUUUUGAACGAGGGCAUGUUUAAAGGAAAACAGAAGAAAGGCCAGAAGAAAGGACAUGUGAAGAAGCAGGAUUACUUCAAUAAGCCAGAGGGCCAUAUUCAAAAGUCGAAAGGACCUUGCUAUGUCUGUGGCAAAAUUGGUCACAAGGCUUUUCAGUGCAACCAGAUACAAGUACAAAGCUUAAAGAAUGGAGGAAAAUCUCCAGUCCAAGCUAACUUUACUGAGGGUGAUGAUGUCAUUGCUGUUGUGGUUGUUGAGGUGAACAUGGUGACUAACAAGACUGAUUGGAUACUGGACACAGGCACUUCAACGCACCAUUGCGCCAACAAGAAGUUUUUUCAUGACUUUGAGGAAUCUGCUGAUGGCGAGCGUGUCUACAUGGGUAACUCCACUACAGCUAGAGUUAUGGGUAAAGAAUUUUUUGAGCAUGUUUUUCCAUUGAAAAAUAAUGUGCCUAGUGUUGUGCCUAAUAAUGCUUCUAUAUCUAUGUCUGUUAAUUCUCAUAUUGUGCCUUCUUCUAGUGUUACUGCUAAUGAGCAUGAAAAUGAACUUAGAAGAAGUAAUAGGCGUAAAAUUGAAGCUAGCUUUGGUCCUGACUUUAUUACUACUUUCUUGACUUAA